UUGUUUGUUUUGAUGCCAAGAUAAACUUUGAUGACAAUGCUGAAUUCCGACAAAAGGACAUAUUUGCUAUGGAUGAUAAGUCAGAGAAUGAGCCCAUUGAAAAUGAAGCUGCCAGAUACGAUCUCAAGUAUAUCGGACUAGACGGAAACAUCGCCUGCUUUGUGAAUGGUGCUGGAUUGGCCAUGGCUACCUGUGACAUCAUCUUCCUGAACGGAGGGAAGCCAGCUAACUUCUUGGACCUCGGAGGUGGUGUAAAGGAGGCCCAAGUCUAUCAAGCAUUCAAACUGCUCACAUCUGAUCCCAAGGUAAGGCUUCUUCAGUAG